AACACGAAGUUGUCAUCCAUGACGUGCGUGACGAAUCAGCAAUUCAGAUGUUUUUUAUUAUACCCAUAAAGCUCGUGUUUGGCAAGUGGUGCUGCAUUUAAAACGUAUUUUAACUCCAGUGUUAAUAUGAGUGUGGAGAUCCCGGCUGGUUUGACGGACCUGCUGAAAGGCUACACAGCCGAGGUGCUGGUGCAGCGACCUCCUGACCUUCUGGAGUUCGCUGUUCAGUACUUCAGCAGCCUAAAAGAACAGCGCGGCGCGGAGUCGAGUGCUCGCAACGCCAGCAGGUCUCGUGUGAAGAGAGCAGUCGCGUUUGAUGAGGACACAGUGCCAUCAGACUCCAAUGAGGAGGAAGACGACAAGGAAGAUUAUUUUCCUGAUGAUUUCACGUUCAAACGUCCAUCAACUAGUAAAAGCAGUCGCAGGGUAUCAGUUUGCGCAGAGCCCUAUAAUCCAGAUGAUGAUGAGGAUGAUGUCCUGCAGCCAAAGGUCAUCUACCCCAAAACAGACCAGCAGCGCAGCCGGCUACAGGAAGCCUGCAAGGACAUUCUACUGUUCAAAACUCUGGAUGCGGAGCAGUUUUCAGAGAUCUUGGAUGCCAUGUUUGAGGUGCAUGUGAAAGCGCAAGAACACAUCAUAGAGCAAGGAGAUGAUGGAGACAAUUUCUAUGUGAUUGACAGAGGAGUGUAUGACAUUGAGGUAAAGCAGGACGGAGUGAAUUGCUGUGUGGGAAAAUACCAUAACAAAGGCUGCUUUGGGGAGCUGGCCCUCAUGUACAGAACUCCGCGUGCUGCCACCAUCAUCGCCAGCCAGCCAGGGGCGCUGUGGGCAUUGGACAGGGCAACGUUCCACAGGCUGAUUGUGAAAAAUAAUGCAAAGAAGAGGAAAACAUAUGAGGCUUUCAUCGAGUCUCUGCCUCUCCUGGAGUGCCUUGAGCUGUCUGAGAGGAUGAAGAUUGUUGACGUUUUAGGAGUGAAAACCUUCCACGAUGGAGAACAGAUCAUUAAACAGGGUGAUGAGGCAGACUGUUUCUACAUUGUGGAGUCUGGAGAAGUAAAGAUCAUGAUCAAGAGCAAAAUUAAAGCAGGGCAAAGUAGCCCGAGGGAAACUGAGGAGGUGGAGAUAGCCCGCGCCACCAGGGGGCAGUAUUUUGGAGAGCUAGCGCUAGUCACUAACAACCCUAGAGCUGCAUCAGUCUAUGCAGUGGGAGAGACCAAGUGCUUAGUGAUCGAUGUUCAGGCAUUUGAGCGUUUGCUGGGUCCCUGUAUAGAGAUCAUGAAGAGGAAUAUCACUUCCUACAAGGAGCAACUGGUGAUGCUGUUUGGAUCAAGUGAGGAUCUGAAACACUGAGGCCUGCAGUCCUGUGUUUUGUGCAUUUAAAACGUUACAUGGCUGUGGCCACCAGGGGGCAGCAGGAGCUGCACAUAAUCUCAUACUCUCCAAAUUAUUGGAGCAUUUCAGCAUUCAGCCUUUCAUCUGUACUAUGCAAAUGUUCUCUUUGUAUUUUAACCUGAUUUAUUUUGAUCUUUCUUUUCCUGUUUAUACUUUCAGUCUGUUUUAUUCACUUGAUAAAGCUUUAUUUUUUUGUGCUAUCUGCUUGGCAUAUUGUAAUUAAAUUGGAGGUCAAGUUGCAGGAAUGCAUUAUUAUCAAAUCACUGUAACACACCCAUCAGUGAACGAGUGUUUUCAUAACUUGGUGAAUGGGACCAGGAAGUGAGUAGAACAGCACAUUUGCUAGAAACAUCAGACUUAUCUAGUAAGAGUGCUCAGAACAAACUGAUCAUGCUUCAUGAAUAUAAAGUUUUUUUGUUUUUUCUUUUAGCUUGGGCCCUUAUUAUGGAACAUUCUCAGGUGAGGGUCAAACAGAACAGAUCUUUUGCAUUACAUUUCACUUUCUGGGUUAGUCACAUUGUACGUUUUAGAUGUGAACAGAGACAUCAAGAAGUAGAUAUGUCUCAUAUAGCAAUAAUGCAAAAGGUGGGGCCCAGUAUUGAUCAUGAGGUCAGUUAGAGGAAAAUUGACACCUUUUUCAAUAACUUGGUAUGAAAUUAUUUGAUUGGCAUGACAUGGAGCUAACUAGUGUUCUCAAUUGCUUACAUUUCAGGAAACAGUAUUUCUGCUCUAACUUGGCAAAUCUUUAUGUACUGUGAGCUAAAUGAAAACUGAUGACCAUUUGUCUCAAAAUGAAGCGUUUAUCUCAAAAUGCCACACUUGACAUUUGAAUUUCUACAACCUUGUUUUUCCACACUUCACUAAUAAAGUGAGAACAGUU